ACCAAAACCAAAGCCAAAGCCAAAGCCAUUCCUUCUUCUCUCUCUCUCUCUCUGCGUUUGGUUUUACCAGCGUUAUUCUAUCUCUGUGAGCGCGUAUUUUUCUCUGGACGAAAUUGCUCCUGUGGGGAAGCGAAAGCUCCAGAUGUUUCUUGCGUCCGAGGUGUAAAUUACUGGGCUUUUCUUGGGUUUUCGUUUUGCCCUUUCUGGUUCUUGCAAAAACCCUAAAUCUGCUGUUUUCCCGUCUUGCAGAGUUGGGUUUCCUUGGGUUUCGGUGAUUCGCGGAAGUUGGGAAUCCUGAUCUUGAUCUGAGGUUGGAAAUUGGGCUUCAACUUCGAGAAAAUUACGAUCGAGUACGCACUUCUCAGUGCCUUUGGCGGGCGUUUGGUUGGGUUUGAAAUGGGCUAGGGUUUCGCCAAUUCUUCAUUUCUCUUACUGGUCUUGUGCAAUCAGGUUGAAACGAUGAUUCUGACCAAGCAGUAUCGUUGCAUACACUCGUCAAGCUGCCAAUGCACAAAGGGGCAUCUGAGUGAAGAAGUGAUAUUCCUAGUAUUUCAACAGUUGAAUUGGAACCCUAAGUUGAUUGCUGCACUUUCCUGUGUAUGCAAAUGGUUUGAUGAUCUUGCGAAGCGAGUGCUAUGGAAGGAAUUUUGUCGUACAAGAGCACCAAAAAUGAUGCGUGAUCUGCAGUCUUGUGGAAGUCACAAUGUUGAUGGGAACUGGAGGGCACUGGGAAAGCUGCUCAUAUACUGUUCAGGAUGUCAGAAAGGCGGCCUGUUUAAUAACGUUCAAAUUCCUGGUCACUUUGUUUAUAGGACUCGAUUCUCCAGGACAUCAGGAAAGAGCUUUCUAUUGCCGCAAUGUAGAACAGAUGUUUUGUAUGUUUGUGACCCUUGUGAACAUCUUGACCAAGGAGAUGAUGGUGAUGUGGGAUUUUUCCGAGGAGUUUUCAAGUCAUUCUCAACAUCGAAGGUGCGGAAAAUGCUGAUUAAGAGGGAGGCUCAGCUUCAUCCGAAGGAGGUGUGCCCUUAUUGUAAGGCUAAGUUGUGGAGCAUGUUGCAAGCCAAAAUGAUACCACAGAGUGCUAGUGUUAGAUUGGGUGCUUACGAGGAUUGUAUCGAGUAUUUUGUUUGCCUCAACGGACAUAUGCUUGGGAUCUGCACGCUUUUGCCUCUGUCUGAUUCAGAAGAGGCAUCUGAGGGGGAGUGACGGUUGAUGAAAAGCAGAUUUUUUGUUAUUUGAUGCGGAAGUUGAUGGUCAGACAUGGGAUUGGAGCGGACUUCCCCUUGGCAUAUUUAACCAUAUAACUUUGAUCCGUGAUUUCGACUCCCAGUCUGUCCUGGCCAUAUUUUCGAGUUGAAGGGUUUUGGAGAUGCUGCUGACCGUUACAUUUUGUGUUGUCCUUUUCAUGAAAAAAGGUUGUGACCAAGAAUUAUCAUUGACGUAUGACAUGUAUAAUAUGUACGUGGAUGUCGAAUUGAUUUGUGCAAUAAUCAAUAUUUCACUUGUCUGUGAUCAUUCAUCAGUAUUCUGUGGCUUUGUUGGCGCCCUAUAUUUUCUAUUUACAUUCAUCCCAUUCAUUAGGUGAUUUGCAUCAAAUAGUCAUUUGAAUUGCAUGGUAGAAUAGGAU